AUGCUUCACCCUGACUAUCCAUUUUGGAGCUUCGUUGCUCUACUACUCGUCCUUCUUCCUCUACCAUGGCAUCUACGUGCUCGAAACAUCGCAACACUUUCCCUGAUAUUUUGGCUUGUACUGGCCAACAUAAUCAACUUAGUCAACACAUUCAUCUGGGCUGAAGCCUAUACCAACCAUAAUGCUAUCUGGUGUGAUAUCAGUAGUCGGAUGCUUCUUUUACUCAACUAUUCUCUGCCCGCUUGCUCAUUAGCUCAAAUGAGGCGUUUGGAGUCAGUUGCUUCUACCCGUCGCUCCAUCAUAUCAUCGAGGGACAGAAAGAAGAGGAUGGUAGAAGAGAUUUCGAUUUGUCUUAUCGCCCCUUGUUUCUUUGCCGCCCUCGUGUACGUCGUUCAAGGUCAUAGAUACGAUAUCAUUGAAAACAUUGGCUGCGUCACCCCGAUAUACAUGUCUAUCCCUGGGAUCAUCAUCCGAUUUGCAGUUCCCGGCGUUGUAGCAGUCACAUCACUUGUUUUCGCCGUGCUCUCAAUUCGGUGGUUUCUCAUUCGUCGCCUUCAAUUUCAAACGAUCCUGGCCUCGUCUGACUCAAGCCUCUCGAUUGGUCGAUACUUUCGACUCAUCGCACUUGCUGUUGCGGACAGUACUGUACUUCUUGCUUACGCUAUUUAUGGAGCUACCUCUUCAACUGACACGCCAAUGCAACCAUACAAAAGCUGGAAGUACGUGCACGACAAUUUCAGCCAGUACGCUCAGUAUCCGGAAGAGCUCAUCGGCAGUGUCUAUCCGGCUUUCGUGGCGAAUAAUAUAUACGCGCCAAUAUUUUACUCGAUCAUCUUUUUCAUGUUCUUUGGAUUCGGAGAAGAAGCUGUGACUGAAUACUUGGCUCUUGCCAUGAAAUCAAAGGCUCUUAUCGGAAAGAUUGGGCUGAAGCGGGCAUCGAGCACACAACACAGCGAUAUGCAUUUCAAAUUGGGCUCGAAGGUCGUACCCGCCGGGGACGAUAGCGUAUCUCUCAGAGGACAGGCGAAUGACUCAGCUCGCAGGAGUACAAACGAUGAUGAAGACAGACGGGAGGAUGGUCCUGGGGUCGACAUGGGGAAUACGCGUCGAGGUGUAGCCGUUACUGUGGAAAGGUCCAUAGUUUGA